AUGUCUCAGUCUGUAAGUGACGUUAAUUUUUUGGAUGAGAUACAUCAUGAUAUAUCACCACAAAGUACUCCAUACAGACUAAUGAAGAUGCCACUUAGGAGAUACACUUCAAGUUCUAAACAUAAUGAAUUAUUCAUUUCUCCUUCAACCAAACGAUCAAGAAGUAUUCUUUCAUCUCAACAAAUGACACUUUCUCAUGAAGAAUUAACUUUGAAAAUAAAAAAACCAUUAGUUGGAAUUAAUCAGAGUAAUAAUAGUCUUACACCAAGAAGUAAAAAAGAUCAUGAGUUAAAAGAAAAAGAAGAAGAAUUAAAACAAAGAGAAGAGAUAGUUAAGAAAAAAGAAGAAGAAGUUAAUCAGAAGGAAAAAGAAGUUCUUGUAGUUCAAAUUGAAAUAGAAAAUAGAGAGGAAGAACUUCAAUCUUGGGAAGAUGAUAUCCAAAGAAGAGAGGAUGAAAUUAGAGAACGUGAAGGUGAGGUUAGGAGAAGAGAAAUAGAGUUAGAACAGAAAGAGGAACUUGUUCAAAAAGAGGAUGAAAUUAAACAAAAAGAAAUAGAAAAAAUUGAAAUAAUUAAAGCGGACUCUUUUAAAAAUAGAGCUAGUGAACCACCAAAAGAUACAUCUAGUUCUAAAGAAUUUGAAGAAUUAAAGAAAGAAAAAUUACAAUUAGAACAAACAAUACAAGAUCAACAAUUAAGAGUUUGGACAUUAGAAGAACAAAAUAAAAGAGUAGAACGUAUUGUUAAGAUGAUGGACGCAAAUGAACCUAGUGAAGAUGAUAUUACUCAAUUUGUUGAGACAAUAAAAGAAAUUGUUAAUAGGAAAAAACAAAAAUUAAGAUUUAUAUUAACUCAAAAAAUUGUUGACACAUUUAGUCGAUACGUCCAAAAUCCAUUAACACUAUCUGCAAUAAUUACUCCACGAGGAUCAAUUAGAAAAAGUGAGAAGAAAAAAGAUAAAAGAGAGUUACAAUACAUUCAAUUCAUACCGAAUAAAAUUGAAGAAAAAAGAAAAACAUCACUCAUUGUCAAAGAUAAUUAUGAAAUGUAUAGGAAAGUGUGUUAUGACUUUUAUGCUAAAGAAGGAGAAUAUUAUAGAAUUAUUAAUGAAUUUAAUGAAGUUUAUAUAAAGAAUAUUAAUUGGUCAACAAUGAAAGACUUUGCAAAAGAAUUUAAAGAACUUUUUGAACCAAUAUUAAUAUUAACAAAGAAAAUUGUUGAAGAAUUAGAUAGGGCUUAUUCAGAUCCUAUUAAGGACGCUGAAGGAAAAUCAUGCAUUGCACUUGGAAGUAUUUUAGAAAAUUAUGCACAGACAUUAAGAGUUUAUUUAAAUUAUAUUAUAAGAUGCCCAUAUUUUGUUGAUCAUUUUCCAGUAUUUAGUCAAUCAAAAGAAUUAACUGAUUCUCUUGUUCUUUCUAUAACAAAUUAUAUCAACUCUCAACGAUUAAAUAACCCAUCAUUUGUAGUAAGUUCAUUCUUACCUAUUUCUGCUUAUCUCCUUGCUCCAGUUUCUCAUUUUUCAGUUUAUCCACAAUUAGUUAGAGAACUUGCAAUGAAUAUAUCAAAUAAUCAUUUUGAUAAAGUAUCAAUACAAAAUGCACUUAGGAUAAUAGAAGGAAUUGAGGAUGAAAUAGACUGUCAAAAGAAUUAUGCAGAACGUCGUGAGGCAGUUAGAUUUGUGCAAACGUUAUUUGUUAAAUCAAUAGAAAUACCUGAUGGUCAUUGUGAAUUAUUAUAUUUUGGAUUCUUAAAACCAGUUGAUGUAGAGAAAUUUAAAGUACAUGAUGACAUUAUUAGAGUAUGUUUCUUAUUUAAUACAAUGUUUAUUAUUACUAAAAUUAAAACAUUUCAAGGAAAAGUAUUAGAUAAGAAGGCAUUAACUGCUAAGUUCUACCAAGAAAUUAGUGGAUUAAAUGUUGAACUUUUAAAAGAUUUCAUAUUAGAAGAAGUAGAUCGAUGUUUUAUUACAGACCAUAUUAUAAUUUCUCUUAUACAAAAUGUGGAUUCUAUUAUUAAUGGAUUUGUUGUAGAAUUUAAUGAGAAACAAUACAAUUUUAUAGCCUCAUCCCAAAAACAACAAUAUAAUUGGUGUGAUGCAUUCUCUAAUUUAUUGUAA